AUGGCUUCAUCUUCUGUGGAUGCUGUCUCGCCGGUCGAGAUCGGAGAUGUGGGGAGCGGUGCUUCCCUGCCGGAAGCCAUGGAGGUGGAUGCUCCACCCUCCACCGUGGACUCUGAACUCCUUUCGGAAUCUAGUUUCCAACUGGUGGGAGACCUCGCUGAGAUCACGAAUGAGGAUUACCAGAUGGCGGAACAGGUCGCCGAGGCCUACAAGAAAGAUGAGGACGCAACGAGCCUGACCCUCUCGGGCGUGAAUCCUGGCUCUUUCACGAUGCUCCAGACGGCAACUAAGGUGGACCUUCAGAAAUUGCUCACUGAGCUUACCGAGGCAAUGCAACGAAUGCUCACUAAGGACUCCUCUGUGGACCAAGGUACAGGUACCCAACCCGGGCCAGCUGUCAGCGGCCAGGGCAUGGGGACCGACACUAAGGCCCUCGUGGAAUUUGAGAAAGUGACGGUCGACACCUACCGCAUCGCCAAUGGCAACCUGGAUGAUCUCCGUGACCUCCUGACCAUCUUUGACAAGGGUUACGCCCUAACCCCAGCGGCCUUCCACCGCAUCCUGGAGAGCUAUGGCCUGGCAGUCAAGAAGCUGCAGCACGAGAAGAUCCUGUUGGCUGAACAUGUCAAGAAGCGGGACACGACCACCAUCCACACCUUGGAGGAGCGUGAGACCAACAUGAAGGCAGCAGCCUCCAUCAACGUAUCAGAUUUCUCGGUACCCCUCAAGGAACCACGGGUCAACCCUGAGCUCUCAUACUCGGACCUGGUCCCCAACAACCAGCGGGUCCUCCUCCGCACCCAAGUUGUGGAAGAAGAGACGGACGACCCCUUGUUUUCCAGUGCGCCCACUGGUGACCGCCCUCCUUUGAAGCGCGAGUUCAAAGAUGGCCAACAGUCCCUCUUUUUCCAUCCUCAGGCCACCAAGGUCCUCCGGAUGCGAGCCCAGAUGCGAGAGGACCCCCCGGCCAAGAAGACGAUCCAGGAAAAGAUGGAAGAGGAGGAGGGCUACCUCAAGCGCAAGCAUGAGGGAGAGUCGGGCAGUAGUGACGUAUGGCAACAGAUUGCCUUAGCACAAACCAGCAUCUCACAGGCGAAGGUGGCGAACAAGGAGCGCCAAGAACAGGGACAGCACAAGCGGCAGAUGCUGCGUCCAGCGGUGGAGACGCUUUGGUCUCCAACAGUGCAGAAGGUCCUGGAGUCCAAUGCCCUGAUGCCCUCCGUGGCGGUGGACUUCCUCUCCCAGGAUGACCUCAACCUGGCCCGCACCCAGCAUCUGGACCUCAAGAUGUACAUCAAGGCCAAGGGCAACCCUUGCCCGGAUUCAUUGCUGCUGGAAGAAGUGCCGGAGACCCCAUUGGAUUUCUGGGAGGUCACCAAGGCGGCGGACCCCCCAGCUGGCAGCGGGGAGUCCAAUGCCGACCUGGCCUCCCGCCUCCCUCCGGGCAGCAUGGAGCGCAAGUUGGCCAUCCUGGACAUCAUCAACCAGCACUCCCAGGGCCAGCUCAGGGUCUGGGGUGGUCAGUGGCAGAAGAAGUGGGAUGAACUCAACAUCCCGGGUUGGGCCAUGUCAGGAACUGGAGGACCAGGUGAACCAGGGCCUACGUCCCCUUCAGGACACGAUCCACAACUUGUUCUGGGCAGCGGGACCGGCAGACGCCGGCACUGGCACAGAGCAGUUUCAACUUGGUCUUUCCCAAGCCUGUGCCACAAGUUGGCACACCAGAACAAUUUGAAGGAAAUCUACGCGAUCUGGCAGAACAUGCCACUUGCAGUGGACCCCCCGACACGGGGACACCACUCCGCCGAGAAGGGCCGCCUCAAGUUGCAAAGGCACACAGCCAUUCGAAAGGAAGUCAAAACAUUUGCCCAGGAGAUGGGACUGAAGAAGCUCCCAUCGGAUGUGGACUCAUGGCG